UCCAGAAUGUCAAAGUGCCCCCACUUGGAUGCAGUAGCGUACCUUACCCAGUAAGGUCCAGUAAGGUACCUACUACCUACUGGGUACUAGUACCUAGCUAGUGGUGCACGGAUGCUAUUCCUUCCGCCAAUUAAGUCAUACGUAACGUUGGAACUCUUAUUCGUGCAUCAUGCUUGCCCAACGCGACUUCCAUUUGAUCCUCAUCUGACUUCAACAGACUACAGUCUCUACCUGAGUACCCAUUAUUUCCAUUAUACUUUCGUAUUCAGACUCUUUUUUUUUGUGCACACUUACUUUUAUCAAACUUAUUAUUCUUUUCUUUUCUUAUUUUCUUUUCUUCUGUCCGAACUCGCCCGUGCUUUGUACACCGAGACAGGGAGAUUAUGAGUCUUUGCAAUUACACACUUCCGAAUUCGUAACUGAUGUUCACAGGGUCCCCUGGUCAUAUACAUAUAUUUAUUUUAUUUUAUUAUUCUAUUCUACAUACAAUACAAUACAAUACAAUACACCAAUACACAAAAAACGUUGCAUUCUGCAAACAUUUCAACUUUGCCCUUUGCAUUGUGCAUACAGACUAAUUCCCAAAGUUCGGCCAAGCAACUUCCAACUUCAAACGUAAUCGACCAUGCUCUCUAUCCCUUUGACCUCAUACAAUACAACAUAAGCAAGCCAUGUUUCUUUCCGGCUUUCUCAGCGCUCCCUCCUCGGGCCGGAGGGGUUCUUUUAUAUCGAGCAAACCAAAGUCAUCUAGAGUAUCCCCUGAAGUCUCUCCAUCGCGAUCCCGAAAUCAUGACCUCCACUCGACUUCCGAAUACCUCUCGGACGAGGCACAGCUUCAGGCUGUUCCACCCCCUCCCCGAGAUGUCCUCGACCUGAACCAGAACCUCGAAAGGCUCGCUGAUCUAUUUCCCGAUGUACAAGUCGAAGUCUUCAGGGAGAUGCUUGCCUCCUUUUCCGAGGAGUCGCGAUUAUUUAUCAUCACGGACAAGCUGUUAAAGAAUCCCGGCGAAUUUGUCAAGGGGCGAAGGAAGGCGAAUGAUAAUAGCGGUCCUAACUCGAAUGCUCUGGUCUCGAGAACUGAGGCAUUCAGAACGGCACAGUACAAGGAGGCGGUGCGGGCUCUAGCGAUGCAGGAAUUCAAAGGCCUAUCAAGAUCCUCGAUCGAUGCUGUUUUGUCCGAGUCCAACUUCUCCUAUCUCGACGCUCGACCGACCCUUGUAGGCUUGUCUUCCAAAUCGUGGAAGUUCACCCUGUCCUCUUUGUUCUUUCGUCGCAGACCAGUCACUUCCACUGAGGCAGAAACACAUCCCCUUAUCAUAUGGAGAUCUGCCGAAGAUGGGUCCAUGGUCCCGACUUUAAAAGCCACUGGCAACGCCGAAUUGGACAGAGAACUAUUUGAGGAAUUAAUCAUGCCACUGAAACAACGCGAACAGCUUGCGAGAGAGGAGAGCGAUCGUGCUUUGGCUAUCUCUUUGGUUACCGAAGAGGCUGAAGCUAACGAGUCUACAUUCGAAUGUACAUGCUGCUUUGGCGACACCAUCUUUGAAGAGAUUACCACCUGCGGCACUGAAGGUCACGUGGUGUGCUUUAAUUGUGUUCGACACUCCAUUACUGAAGCAGUAUUUGGGCAAGGCUGGCAGCGUACCGUCGACAAGGAAACAGGUGCCCUUCGAUGCCCUGCCGUGGCAUCGAUAGAGUGCGAGGGGUGUAUAUCGUCAGAGCAUAUACAUCGAGCUAUGGAUGGGGAGAAGGGUGGGACCGAGAUUAUACGCAAGCUCGAUCAACGCCUGGCGGAGCAUGGUCUCCUGUCCAGUGGGCUGCCUCUGAUCCGGUGCCCGUUCUGUAGCUAUGCCGAAGUCGACGACCUAUACGUGCCAGCUGAUAUGCCCAAGCCCAAGCUCCGCGUUAGCAAUGUCCCCAAUAUUUUACUCAUUCUCAUCUGCUUACUUGUGUCCCCAUUUUCCGUUCCCAUAUUGGUACUGGCGUUAGUCUGUAUCGCUCUCUGCUUGACUCCGUCGAUUAGGGAGUAUGGAUCUAAGCAAAUCGAAGGGGCCCUCAACCGAUAUCAACGUCGUUGCCGGGGCUUGAAAUUCACCUGUCGCGACCCGGUUUGCGCUCGUUCGUCUUGUUUGUCGUGCUCGAAGGCAUGGCAAGAUAUCCACAUUUGUCACGAGUCGUCCCUGGUCGCCUUGCGGACGCAAGUAGAACAAGCGAUGUCAAUGGCAAUCAAGCGUGUUUGUCCUAGAUGCAGCACGUCGUUCGUCAAGACGGCCGGAUGCAAUAAACUCACUUGCCCAUGUGGAUACAAAAUGUGUUAUGUGUGUCGUAAAGACAUCGGUACGAUGAACGAAGGCUACCAGCACUUUUGCCAACACUUCAGACCCGAAGGAGACGGACGGCAGUGUAAGGAAUGCAACAAAUGCAACCUGUGGGAGGCAGAGAACACAGAAGAAAUCCUUCGAAAGGCCAAGAUCGAGGCAGAACGGAAAUGGAGAGAAUCAGAGAGACGCGACCUUUCUGAUGCGGAGAAGGCAUACCUCGACGACGGCUUGGGCAACCGUAGCAAAAUAAAUGGAAUCAGGCAGCUGCUCCCACGUGGCAAGAUCCCAACCAUCGAGGAGUUGUGCGACUCGGUAGUAGAGUUUUUAUUCGUAUGACAGAAUGGGAAAUGGGAAAUGCUGAUGGGCAACGGAGUUUUGGGAGAGCGUUUUUUUUUCUCUCCCCCCCCACCAUCCUUUUGAUUUCUGGGUUGGGUUAGGGGUUUCAUAGAAUAGGAGCAUAUCCGGGUGCCAGUCGAGCGUGCGCGGCCUUGAGGCGUUUCAGUAUUUCAGAAACAGCGAGCAUCCAGCAUUGAUUGGACUGAUUCUUCAUGGGAAACGGCGCAUAAGAUAAGAAACUACUACUAUUACUACUACUACAUAAGCUAGGCUAGGUAAAGUAGAUACCUGGGGAGGUGGCUGGGUAGGGAGGAAGGUUAGGUAGGUAGGCAGGCAGGCAGGGAGGUAGAUACCUACAUAAAUGAUGAGGUAAAUACUAUUAGUAUAAACAAAGUAUGGAAUCUACUUUAGUAGGUGCCUACUCUACAUAGCAAAACAGGAUAUGAUGAAAAAGAAAAGAAAAAGAAAAUGGGAAUCCUUUUG